UUCUGUGAUGCGCUGACAGGAAAGACAUCAUCAGAAGUAGCAACACACACACACACACACACACACACACACACAAGAAGCUUGAAGCAUUUUUGCUUUUCCGGGAUGCCUUUCGCGUCAGUGCGUAUUUGCGCAUGAGUCCACCCAGCUGCGGUUUUGCGCAUUUCCAUUUAUCGCUAAAACAUGCAUCGGACUCCGGUGUGUGGAGUCGCUAUGACGGCCGGCAGCGGAUCUAUGGGUGCUUUUAUGGAAAGAGUGGAUAUCUGAGGAGGCAACACCAUGCACGCCGUGGACGUAGCUGCUUCCGUGUUGCUCUCCGCCAUCAUUGUGGUGUCGCUGCUGUCCAAUCUUCUGGUGCUGAUCUGCUUCCUCUACAACCCGGAGAUCCGCAAGCAGGUCCCGGCUCUUUUCAUACUCAACUUGACCUUCUGCAACCUGUUGCAGAGUGUCUCCAACAUGCCGCUCACUUUGGUGGAGCUCCUCACAGAGGAGCACCGCAGGAGCCACGCAGCAGGAGGAGGAGGUUUCUGUCAAAUCGUAGGCUUCCUGGACACUUUCCUCACCACAAAUUCCAUGCUGACAAUGGCGGCUCUCAGCAUCGACCGGUGGGUGGCGGUGGUCUUCCCGCUGAGCUACCACUCCAGGAUAAGGCACCGGGACGCGGUGAUGGCGCUGGGAUACACUUGGGCGCACUCGCUGUGCUUCUCCACCGCCGCCUCCUGCCGCUCAUGGGUGGGUUACCACCAGCUUUACGCGUCGUGUACCCUCCGGGGCGUCAGGGCAAAGGCCGGGGGGUUGAACUUUGUUAUCUUCACCGUGGCUCUCCACACCUUCACCUUCCUUCUCGCCUUGGUGGCGAUGUGUGUGACCUACCUGAAGGUGCUCAAAGUGGCCAGGUUCCACUGCAAGCGCAUCGACGUGAUCACCAUGCAGACCUUGUUGCUGCUUGUGGACAUUCACCCCAGUGUGCGCCAGAAAUGCUUGGAUGAACAGAAACGAAGGAGGCAGAGGGCCACCAACAAGAUCAGCACAUUCAUCGGCACGUUUGUGGUGUGCUUCACCCCGUAUGUCAUCACCAGAAUUGUAGAGCUCUUCACCACGGAGCCCAUCAACCCUCACUGGGGGGUGCUGUCCAAAUGUUUGGUCUACAGCAAAGCAGCCGGCGACCCCUUUGUGUACUCGCUGCUGCGACACCAGUACAGGAAAACCUGCAGCCUCCUGGCUCAUAAAGUCCUCCACAGGAGUCAGAGGGACUCAUUCUCCCCCGGGCCGGAUGGGAACGCCAAGAGAAAUGACAUCCAAGAGGCCACCAACGCCCCCGGAGAGCAUACGAGCAUCCGGCAACAAGCCAUCGCUUGUCCGAUGAGGCAGAAACCAUGAUUGUAUUCGUUCCUACUGAGAGCGUCUUGGUGUUUGCUUUUGAGGUCCAACGAGUGAAAUAUGAUAAUUUAUUAUGUUCAUGUAUUACUGUUUGAUGCCGACUUGGCUCGGCGCUAUUCUUUUUGUUACUGACCAUUUCCCACAGGCUGUUUCUAGUGCCUGGUUCAAGAGUUGAUAUCAUGAUGUACUCGAACCCGCUGCUGGUUUCUUAUUGGAAAAUAUAUGUUGAGAAAUUAGAAAAAAAUACAUAAAAUAUGUAUUUUUUGGGCUGCACAGUGUUGAAGUGGUUAGCACGCAGGCCUCGCAGCUAGGAGACUCAAGUUCAAUCCCACCCUCCGCCAUCUCUGUGUGGAGUUUCACUAACCGGGAAAUGUAGGCGAACUGAUGCCCAAUUUUUUUUUACUUAUGCUAGCAUUGUUUCUCAUUUAUUGCUGUUAAUUGGUUCCAGACUUGGCUGCACGGUGGUCGAGUGGUUAGCACGCAGGCCUCGCAGCUAGGAGACUCAAGUUCAAUUCCACCCUUGGCCAUCUCUGUGUGGAGUUUCACUAACCGGGAAAUUUAGACGAACUGAUGCCCAAUUUUUUUUUACUUAUGCUAGCAUUGUUUCUCAUUUAUUGCUGUUAAUUGGUUCCAGACUUGGCUGCACGGUGGUCGAGUGGUUAGCACGCAGGCCUCGCAGCUAGGAGACUCAAGUUCAAUUCCACCCUUGGCCAUCUCUGUGUGGAGUUUCACUAACCGGGAAAUUUAGACGAACUGAUGCCCAAUUUUUUUUUACUUAUGCUAGCAUUGUUUCUCAUUUAUUGCUGUUAAUUGGUUCCAGACUUGGCUGCACGGUGGUCGAGUGGUUAGAAUGAAUGAAUGAACUAAUAAUCAACAAUAUUCAACCACAAAACAGCAAUCAUUCAAGUAAAUUAUUAUUACUAGUAUUAGCCUGCUUAUUGGCUUGCUUAUUAGCCUGCUUUUGCCCUAUUAUAUGAAAUUUGUCAGAUUUUUUUGGUAAAAAAAAAAAAAACACAAUAUAAAUAAAAACAAUAAAAAAUAUCAAAUUAUUUAGGGGGCUUAGGAACAUUUUAGGGGGCUGAAGCCCCCUUAAAAUAACUUAAAAAUAACCCUGCUUUUAUUAUUUCUAUUAUGAAAUUUGUCAGAUUUUUUUGUAAAAAAAAAAAAAUUAUAGAAAAAAAUCUAAAAAAAAUAUUAAAUUAUUUAGGGGGACUUAAAAACAUUUUAGGGGGGCCGCCUAAUGAUGCCACUGAAGUUCAGUAUCUUACCCAAGAAUACUUCAACAUGAUCACAACUGGGCGGAGUAUCGAACCCACAACCUUCAAGUUUGGAGACGACCACUCCACCAACGGAGCAUCAUCAUACUUCUUCUUCUGAUUAUUACUACUAGUACUACUAGUACUACUAGUAGUAGUAGUAGUAGGCUAGUAUUAGCCUGCUUAUUGGUUUGCUUAUUAGCCUAUUUUGCCCUAUUAUAUUAAAUUUGUCAGAGAUUUUUUUUGUUAAAAAAAAUCAAUUAAAAAAAUAAAAUAAAAUAAAAAAUCUAUUGAAAAAUCAAUUAAAAAUUAUUAAAAAAUCAAUUAAAAAUUAAAAAAAAAUCUAUUAAAAAAUCAAUUAAAAAUAUCAAAUUAAGUCCCCCCUAAAGCCUCCCUAAAAUAGGCCUAAUGACGCCACUGCUUCCAAAUGAUGUCAGUUAUUAUCUGAAACAUGAAAAAAAAUAUGAUUUGUUUUCCAGACGGCCAACAAAUUGGAGAUCCGUGCUUUUCAUGUGCUUUGCGUUCCAUGUAUGGCGUCACUCACAGGAAGCUGGAGCAUUACCGUUACUAGUUAAACACGACUCGUGGGAUCGCACUAAAACAUCCCAACUGGAUGUGCUGAUUAAAAUUGAAGCAUAACCUCAAUGAAAAUCCCCCCCUGGCCGGAUUAGACAUGCUGUAUGUGUUCGUGUGGGGGGGGGAUAAUGUAAAAUGUGAUGGCGAUUAGGGACGGUAUAGCGCAUUGCGA